AUGAAAAUGGAAUAUUUACAAAGUGAAGAAAAAAAAGAUGCCAUAAAUAAAUAAAUACAUAAAAAGGAAGAAAAAGAAGAAAAAGAAAUCAAAAUCAAAAGAAAAAAUAAAGUAAAGUAAAGGAUUUAGAUCAUAAAUUAAAUUAAGAAAUAUAUUGAAGCGAAAUAAUAAAAAAAAUAAAUAUAAAGCAAAAAUUAGAGAAAGUAUAAAGGAAGAAUGAUCAAUACUCGUAAAUAAGUCUUCAAGUGUCUUUGGGGAGCUUAGCCUGCUUAUAAUUUUUCAAGAAUCAUUAACCACUUGAGAGGAGACCCUGUUUACCAAGAUAACACUAAAGAUGUUAGCUUGAGAGGUACCUUUUUAAGAGGUAAAUACGAUGAUUUACCUACCAUGAUCUUCUUCACAGAAGCUUGUGAUCUUACCGCUAAUUGGAUUCCAUUCUUCACAAACCCCUAAUACGAUAUAUUGGCUCACAGAAACGUCUGGUUGUUAAAUCCUAGAAACUUUGGUAAUUCUGAUAGACAUCCCUCAUUCGACUUAUAAGAAAUGUCUGAUGAUGUCAUGAGAUUUAUGUACUCUUAAAAAAUUUCUAUGGCUACUCUUGGUGGUCACGGUAUUGGUGGUAAGAUUGCAUUGGCUGUUGGCUGUUAUCAUGCUGAAAGAGUUACUGGUGUUUUUUCUAUUGAUAGUUCUCCCAUGGAUCAAAGAUACCAUGAAGCUUUCAAAGAGUUCAAGGGUUAUGUCAAUGCUCUUACUGAAAUUAACUUUAAAACUUGGUCUGAUAAGGACGUUAAGGUUUUCUUGAAAGAAAACAUUAAGGACCCUAAAUGGAGAUCCAUCUUCACUAACAACAUUAGUAAGAAUGCUAAGACUCAAUCUGACUCUUUCAAUUUCGAAAUUAAUUACUUAAAUCAUAACCUUAACUUCAAUAAGGCUGAUUCUUUGGGUAACUGGGCUGUUAAGAAUGGUAUUUACACUGGUAGAGCUCAUUUCAUUUUCCCUGAAUACUCUAGAUGGGUUCACCUUGCCACCAACACCUUACCUAUGCAUAAGGUUUGUGCUAGAGUUAAAGGAUUCGGUCACGAUAUCUUCUAUGUCUAAGGAGAUGAAAACCCCUUAAAUCACUGGGUCUACGAUUUCGAAAACUAUGCAAACGUUGUUGCCAGCAAAUUAAAUAAAUUCUUACACUCAUAUGAUGGUGUUCACGCUCUCUUAAAAGACAGAACUGAAAUCGGUAAUUUCAUGAUUCCUGAUAGAAUUAAAUCCAGAAAUGAUUCUAAACAUAUUUAUGGCGACUAUUCUCCUGCUCAUUUACAUCACAACUGGAGAUUCAAUCAUAUUUAUGAAAAGCACGACGAAUUAGAUAAAAAAUUAAAUGAAUAAUGA